AUGUAUACGUGGUUUCAUACAAGCAGUCAUGUCUUUUUUGUUAUGGAGUAUUGCUCUAACGGAGACCUUUUUACAUACUUAAAUGAGCAUGGACCAUUUUGUGAGAAGAAAGUAGCAGAGAUGCUGUUUGAAAUAAUAUGGGCUAUAAGAACAUGUCACGAUAAGAGAAUAGCACAUUUAGAUUUGAAACCAGAAAAUGUUUUAGUAAAUCAUGAAGAGAAAUGUAAGCUAGCUGAUUUUGGAUUAUCAGCUCAUAUAGGAUCUAAACAUAAAAAAAAAGGUAUAUCUCAUUAUAGAGGGACACAUGAUUAUUGGUCACCUGAACAAUGUGCAAGACAUCAAAAGAAGAAACAAAAUUUUGGUGAAUUCGAUCAGAAAACAGAUAUAUGGACCUUAGGAAUUUUAGCUUUUGAAUUAAAAUUUGGUAGACCUCCAUUCGGAUCAACAAAUGAAGAAAGAGAAAAUGUUAUUAUGAAUAGAAUACAAGAUUAUCAUUGGAGUCAAUUAUUCUGUGAAAAAGUAAAACAAGAUUUAAUUGAUAAAUUAUCACCCGAAUUUAAAGAUUUCUUAAAUUUAUGUUUAGAUAAAAAUCCAAAAAAAAGACCCACAGCAGAAUCAUUAAUUCAACAUCCUUUUAUUUUUAUUCAUAAUAAAAAUAGAUCAUGCAUCAAAUCUUAUGCGACUCAACCUAGGGGUAAGCAAGGUCCCAAGUUAAGUCACAAGGGAUUUAAUGAGCAAGAUGGGUCCUUCUUAACUCCCAUCUGGUUUCACAAUAAAUAA